AUGUCCAUCCUGGACGCCAGCAACCUAACCCAGGACGCCAACACUCUGACGCAUCUCUCCGAACAGCCCCAAGCACAGCUCAGUCUUCAGAACACCCGGAAGGUGCCACGGUCUAAUGAGCGUACCCGUGAGGAGGAGGCUGGAAAUCAAGCUCCAGAGCAUGGUAUCGGUGACGACGAUGACCAGGACCAGGACAAAACUGAUGGGGAAAAUGAGGAAAGGGACAAAGUUCAGGACCAGGAGCAAACACUUGAAACAGGUGAUACCACGGACUUCGGACAACACAAAGACGAUUUGGAUGGCAUGUACGAAGGUGAAGCUCAGGAAGAUUUCGACCAUGAGCCCAAUACUGUGGACGGUUUUCUGAAUCAAGGUAUUGAUGGGGAUUUUGAUGACGAGCCUGGCACUCAGAGGGACGAACCUGACGCUCAGGACAGUGGUAUUGAUGAUGAUUUCAACAAUGAGCUCGACAAUGCAGCCAGAGACGAAACAGAGGAAAGUGAAGCUUUUGAUGUUCUUGAGCGUCAUCAAAUGAAGAAUGGACGGCGCAAGGCUCCUUCCUUAACUUAUCUAUCUAAGGCAAAACAUACUGAACACAGACGUGCUUCUAGCCAGUCGAAGUCUCCUCGUCAACUGUCACCUCGACAUGUGGUGUCUACUGGGUCAUCUGCUCUAGUGCGACCUCCUAAAUCGUGUCCCGUCUAUGCGCCCUUCUUCCUCCCACGUGCACUCUCGCCAUUCUACACGCUCAAGAUCUCCAUAUCGGCGUUCGGCAUCACCUCAUACACGCGUAUCUCAGCAUCCCCCCGCAUGCAGUCUCCUCAUCGGCAUUCUCCAUCUAGGCGAAGCACUUCCUCCAGUCGUGCUACAUGUGAUGAGCCAGAUUCAUACAGAAAUAAGCACAAGGCCAAGACAGUCCAAGAGGACCCCGCAAAGCUCGGCUUUUACCCACCUGCCUGGCAAGCAUUUUUGCAGGCAGCAAAGUUAGAAAUGUGUCUGCAGGCUGUUCUAACACAUCCCAUUCCAGAUCAUCGAGAGGCGCUACAACUUGCGCAAGAAGUUUUUGACGCUGAAUUGUGGAUGUACCACGAAAAAAAGAUCAAAUUGGACAAUGGCUAUUUCCCGCAGUACAUGACACAAAUGUCGCGGCUGCUCUGUGAUGAUCUAUUUACGUUUCGCAUGGAGCUGAAGAAAGUUGUUAUCUCUGUCGCGAAAGCAUCAUACGAUAUCUUCCCGAAGGGCACCAUGGCAUGCAAGGAUGAGGUACAGAAAUGUGUCAUUGCGAAGGCCACCAAGUUACUCAAGACCGGUGAUUAUCUUCGUGUUCCUGAUUCAUCUAAUGGCAAAUGGAAGAAUUUUGUCUCGCAAGCUCUCAGGGAUGGCUGCCUCGAAUUCUACUACGGUAAUAGCAAGAAAGCCCUCAAGAACACAUCUGAAUUUCGACGUGCAAUACCUGUCAAUGGGCUGCUUCUUAUGAAGGGUGUCCUCACUGGGUUUCGCGAGACCGGCACUGACAAAGUCCCAGACCUCUCCGUGGAUAAAUGUAGGGCUGAUUUCAACUCGCUGCAGAGGUCUACAGACGCACUUCUAGAAAAUCCUGACCAUCGUGUGGAGCUCGAGGAGAUAUUGGAGCAGUGGGCUAUGAUUGGGACGGGUGACCUUGAUUUUGACGAGGGCGGUAUGGGAGGCAGUGAUAUGGAGGAUGUCAACAUCAUCUUAUAA